CACGAAAAAUAAUGAAAUGUACACAUACAGUUUAGUACAUUCUGCUAUAUCACUAUAUACAUAUAAGUAUCUAUCAUAUAUAGUUGUGUAACCAAUUGUAUAUAUAUAGAUGAAGAUCGAGAUAUAUAUACGUAUAGAUCAACACGCGUGAUUGUAAUAUCGGCCAUUACUAAACGGUUUCCUCGAGGUAUUUAGAAAAGUGAAAUAUUAAACGUUUAUAAUAAACACUGCAUUAUUUUAAUCAUAUUCUAAAGAAAUAUUUUGAAUUACUAAGAAGUAAUUAUAAGGAUGACAUCGAUGUUGAGAUAUGUUAGAUACGUAAAAAGACUUAACGAAGUUGGACAAAAGGUUACACUCAACCAGCAAGUACUUAUUACCGGCAGAAAAUUCAUUCUCCAAAAUGAUCAAAACUUAUUUAAGAGUUAUGCAACGGCUGCGAUUCAAUCUAAAAUUAAGAUCUAUGGAAAUAAUGCAAAGUUUCAACAAUUUGAAGAUCAUGUGAAACGACACGGAAAAAUAUCUAAAUCAGAGAUUUAUGCAUUAAUUAAUGAAAUUGAAGAAAUAGGUAACGUAUCUAGUUUAGAUGGGCUUUUGUUAAUCAGGAGUUGUGGAAAAUCGCUUUAUGAAAGCGACUUUAAUGAAAGCAUAAAAUUAGUUCAAGAAGUAUGGAGUACUUUAGAAAAUUUACAGACUCCUAUGGAUGUUUCACAUUUUAACGCACUACUAAGUGUUUAUCUUGAAAAAGAGUAUGACUUCACGCCCGAGGACUUUUUAAAAUUUAUGGAAAAAAAAGGGGUUGAACCAAAUAGAGUAACAUAUCAAAGAUUAAUUAAAAAAUAUUGUCAGAAAGGAGAUAUUGCAGGAGCUACAAAAAUGCUUGAAAUAAUGAAAGAAAAGGGUAUGCCACUCAAUGAGGAUGUUUUCAACUCAUUGAUCUUAGGACACUCAGAAGCAAAUGAUAUGGAAAAUGCAUUAAAAAUACUGAAUGUGAUGAAAACAGCUGGAAUUUCACCGUCUGCUGAUACUUACACUGAAGUAAUGUGUGCUUAUGCAAAACAAGGAGAUUUUGAAUCAAUUCGCAAAACUUUAUCUGAAAUUUCACAGAAAGAUAUUACACUUUUAGACUCACACUAUUUGGAUGUAUUUUAUGCAUUGGCAAUUAAUGGACAUACAGAUAAAGCUGAAAAUUUUUUAAAAGAAAUUCCAUCAGAAAUACAUUCAGAUAGUGAGAUUUCUAGAUAUUUAAGUAGAUUAAUUUUUGCAAAUCAUACAGAUUUAGCUUUAAAAUUAUUAACAGAAACAUCAAAAAAUUUGACCAGACAAAAAAUCAGAUCUGGAACAUUGAUUAGAGCGAUGAUAAUGAACAAGACUCCGGUAGAAAAAAUAAUAAAAAUAUGUCGAUAUUUAGACGAAGAACUUCAAUAUAAUCGUGCAUUCCGAGUUGCAUUAUACCAAGUAUUGACACGUGAUCCAAAGUUAGAAUUAGCAUCCCCAUUAAUGAAAGCGUGGAAAGAAAUUGGAGGUGAAAUAAGGGAACAUUACUUUUGGCCUUUAUUAGUUACAGAAGCUAAAGCCGGAAAUAUGAAUGGCGUAGCAGAUAUUCUCAAAAGUAUGAUUAACGAUUUUCAAAUUAUGCCUGCAGAAGAAACCUUAAAAAAUUACGUUCUUCCUUAUAUGUUUGGUACUUGGGAGAGUACAAUUACUUUCUUUGAACCAUUAAACAUACCCAAAAAAAUUGUUUAUAAUUCAAUAGCUGAUCGCUUAUUAAUUGAGCGAAAAAUAAGGCUUUGUGCAACAUUUGUAUCUUCAUACCCUGAAUCAUAUUCAAAAGACCUUCUGCUUCGACAUCUAGUUGAAGCUCUCAAUGCUAGAGAUGAUGUUGAAUCUUUUACUCUCAUUUUACGACACUUGAGUGAAAAUUCGGAACCGGCAGAUCCUGAUAAAAUUCCUAUUUCUUUAGUCGAUGCAGCAUUGAGAGAGGUAAUGGAUGUUAUUCCAGAAUACAGAUCAAAACUUAUAGAAAAGCUUCUAAAUGAGUUUGUUAAUGCUGGACUGAGCAUGUCUCCAGAAGUAGCAAAUGAAAUUAGAAAUUAUUUAAAUAAUUCUUCCAUAGACGAUGUUGAAGAAAAUCUUAAAAAACUAAGUUCUGGAAAUUUAAAUAUCGUACCUAUGGAAAUAUAUAAUCCAAAAGUAACGGAUAACUCACAAGAUAAAAUAAUGAACAUGAGAAAAAUAUUAAACUUCCGGCGAAGUUUUGCAAAAUAUGCAGACGAAAACAAUUUCGAAGAAGCUUAUGAAAUUAUACAAAAAUUACAAACUGCAGGAUAUGAUGAGGUGGGUAUUUAUGCUCGAGCAAUUCGUCUAUUUUGCGAUAAUGAGUUUUUGAUUGGAGCUGAAAGUUGUGUGGUUUUUUUGAAAAAUAACGCUCCUAAUGCUACAUUAGAUUUGAAGAAAAUUUUCAAGUAUGCUGAACUUUUGAUAAAAAAUGAUCGAUUUGAUGAUGCAAUAGAAUUUUUGACAACAGCGCGUGUUGCUAAUGAAUCGGAAAAGAAUUCUAAAGAAAUUGCUCGUCAAGUACGACAUGUCCUGGAAACUACAUCGAAUAAAAAAGAUGUGGAAAAUUUGAAUAAACUUUUCAAUCUAUUACAUUCUAAAAAUUAUCUUACUAUAGAUAAUUUUUCUCUUGGUCCAAUGGUAAAAAUCCAUACUUUAAGAGGUGAUUAUGCUAAAGCUUUAGAAGUAUUUGAAAAUGCUUGUAUCAAUCAUAAAUGCACUCCUUAUAAAAAUAUGUUAAUAAAAAAUUUUAUCGAAAAUGAAGAUGCCGAUUCUUUACAAAAAAUUACUGAUUUGAAUUCAGAAAUUUUUGGUGAAAGCAAUGCACUUUCAGAUUUAGCUUUUUGUUUCCUCGAAUAUGGACAACCGAAACAAGCACAAAAAAUUUUUGAAACACCUGGUUUGAAAAUUUUCAAUGAAAAAAUUGCAUCUGCUAUCGAACAUUAUGACAAGUAUAAUAAAGAUAUUGCUAUCAAUGAAUUAGUUAAAGUUACCAAAAGCGUUUUAAGAAUGGACAGAUCGUUUUUAUAUGAUAGUAUUUUAAAAUUAUAUCAGCGUAAGAAUAAUUGGCAAGCUGGACUAGCUCUUUGGACUGAUAUGCAGGAAGAGAACGUUCAACCAUCAGCUUAUUUUCUGAGUGUUUUGAAUUCUUUAUUGAAGCAAAAUAAUCAAAGCUCUCCUUUUGUCUAUGAUUCAUCACAGUCAUCAAUUACAAGUUCGUCACAGGAUACUGCAUUUUAUGACGCUGUACGACAAAAAAAUUAUGACGAUGCUGAAAAACUUCUCAAUACGUCAUCUUGGACAAAACAGCAGGCUAUUUCAAAAUAUAAUAACUUAAUAAUGGCUUUAUUAGAUCAUGGGGAAUUAAAUCGUGCUUAUACUAUUGCUAAAACAUUAAUAGAUAAAUAUGGUGUGAUUGAUAAAAGUGUCUUCAAUGAAUUAGGUUAUAGGCUUAUUGAAUCAAGAAAAUAUAAAAAUGCUAAAGAACUUGGAAAUUCAUUAAAUCCAGACAUAAAAAAAAAAGUUAAUUAUGGAAAAAUAGUUAGCCAUGCAGAGAUUGCUGAGAAAGGAUUGAAGUAUUUUAUAGACAAUUUAAAGCCUGCCGAUAACAAUAAAUAUAAUGAGAAUCAAAUUCAUUUUGGAGCAAUCGUUCACGACUUACUCAAAAAUUCAGAAUAUGUUAAUGAAUAUGAAGUAUGGGCCAAAAAAAUGUGGGAUUUGGGAAUACACCGAACAAUGCAUGCUUUAUGGAACUAUUACUUUAUUGUCAAUGACGAAAGAGAAGCGAACAUUUUUGAUGAAUAUGUAUCUGGAAAUCGAACAUUAUUGAUAAAGCCAAUAACUCAAGUUGCAAUGAAAGAAAAAAAUCCAGCUUUAAUAGAAAAACUAAUUGAAAAAAUAGAUAAAAUGCCAUAUGUAAUGACAAAUAUCAAAACAUUAGUACAUUCUGACUUAAUAAAACUUUAUCUUGAAAUGAAUCGACCUGAAGAUGCAUUUGCCGUUUUACGUAAAUUCUCUAGACGUCAAAAUCUAAAUAGUAUUCCUAAAAAGUUAUUAAUUGCACUGCGAGAUAAAUACGAAAUGACCGGAAAGAAAUUUCCCUUGAUCGUUGAAGAAUUAAAUAAAUCACCAAUUGGAUUGGAAUACGAGGAUAGCCAAAAGGAUGAUAAACAAUUAGCACAAGCUGAGAUAUAGAUACGGUGUAGUUAAACUGUAAUUAAUAUCAUUUAAUAAUUGUAUUUAGAGAUAAGCCAUUUCUAUCUUAUAAAAAUUUUUAUCCAUUAAA